UUUUAUGGAUUCUGAACAACAUGGACGGUCCCGUUGUUCGCAUUUUUUAAGUAUUUGCUUCCUCGCCAGUGCUAUGUUCAAACAUAAAAAAUUUGUUGGCGUUUCCUGCCCAAAUGGCUGUAAAGAAGGGUCUCAACAUAUUCCGGUUAGUGCUAAAAAUCCUUUUGGAGUUGUUACACAAACGAAAGAAUAUAAUAUUGGCAAUGAUGCCCCUGACGACGCGAGGUUGCUACUGCAUCGACAUGCCGUUUGUAAAACAUUGCCCAUUCAAUGACUAGGAUUCGAUACAAUCAUCGAUGUGAGCAUGUACUACAUAAUAUUAUACUUAUUUAAGAUAAUUGUGCGAAAGUAAGACUUUAAUAGCGUUAUUUGUUUAAUAAUUUACGUUAAUGUAAAAUAAGGAUAGUAAUUUUGCAGGAAUGUGGCUAUAAGUAGUACAUAAAUAUAACCAAUUCUAAGUACAAAAGGAAUUUCCAUAUAACAAUUGUAAAUGAUUGAUUUUACCCAAAAUUCUUUUAUUAAUAUUAUAUUACAGCUUUUAUCUAUUUACUUAUAUACACCAC